UCAAACAUCUGUGGAAUCAGUUGCUCAAGAAGAAAACAUGAGUAUUACUUCCAGUCAACGUUAUGCAAUUAUGCAGAAGUUGGCAAGAGAUACAUCUCCUGUUUUGGUAAUUCGUAAUGCGGUUGUCCCAUCAGAAAUUGAUGAUGCUCUUGAAGAUGAAAUUCGUGACGAAUGUAACAAUUAUGGCAAAGUAGUUAAAGUAGUAGUUCAUAUUAGUAAAGAUGAUGGUCAUGAAUUUGAAAAUGAAGAGGAAUCAGUGAAAAUUUUUGUUCAAUAUGAUGAUGGAAUAACUGCAGAGAAGGCCAAACAAAAAUUGGAUAAUAGAUGGUUUGGUGGACGUAGGAUAAGUGCAUU